UGCCAUCCAGCCUGGAUGCAAAGGCUGAGCUCUGCCGAGGUGGCGGCCGUGCUGGGUGGGAUGUGUGAGGGAAGCAGUGCCCCUAAGCUGUCUCCCUCAGUUGGCAGGGCAGCUGUGCCACUGCCUACGCUGACACGGCCACUGAGCAUGGUGCUGGCUGGGCAGCGCCGGCAGCUGGUCGUGUGCGUGGUGAGCGACCUGGCCCCCAGCUCUGGCCAUGCUGUCUGGAUCUCCGGUGGGAACGGCAGCAUCCUGCAGUCCUUUGCCUAUGGGGCCUCCCAGGAGGAUGGUGGCACCGUCUGCUCCGUCUCCCUCCUUUCCAGUGACCCCCCGCGCGAGAGGGAACUUGCCUGCCAUGUGGGGGCCAACAGGACCUCUCCAUCCCACAGCUCCAGCCCCAUCCGCAUUACGGGCAACGAGGAGGCAGCAGAGCUGUGUACCACAGCUGUGUGCAAGUAUGUAGCCGUGGAGCUGAAAUCCGCCUUUGAGGAGACUGGCAAGACCAAGGAGGUGAUCGACACCAAGUACGGCUUCCUGGAUGGGAAAGGCUCUGCUGUCAAGUACACACAGUCGGACAUCCGGUUAAUUGAGGUGACAGAGAACAUCUGCAAGAGGCUGUUGGAUUACAACCUGCACAAGGAGAGGAGCGGCAGUAACAGAUUCGCAAAGGGCAUGUCAGAGACGUUCGAGACCCUGCACAAUCUGGUGCACAAGGGUGUCAAGGUGGUGAUGGACAUCCCCUACGAGCUGUGGAACGAGACCUCCGCUGAGGUGGCUGACCUCAAAAAGCAGUGCGAUGUGCUGGUAGAGGAGUAUGAAGAUGUGAUAGAAGAUUGGUACAGGCACCACCAGACAGAGGACCUCUCCCAGUUUCUCUGUGCCAACCACGUGCUAAAAGGAAAGGACACAAGCUGCCUGGCAGAGAAGUGGACUGGCAAGAAGGGUGAUUUGGCAAGCGUGGGGGAGAAGCAGAGCAAAAAAAAGAGCGGGAAGAAGAAGAAAAAGGGCCAGAAGGAUGAGCGCGAGGGAGCUGCCAGCCUUCCGGACACAGGGGAGGCCCUGGAGGGGGUCCAGGAGCAGGCUCCGCUCACCCACAGCCCAGCUGAUGAGCUGUAGGCACGCAGCCCCUGCCCCCGGGGCCGCCCACUCCGGGGCUUCACCCCGCUGUGCCUAUGGGUACCAAAGGAAAAGGGACUUGUGAUUCGGGGGAGACCGGAGCGCCUGGCCCCGCCUUGCCAGCCUGGGUGCCAUCCCGUGUUUAGGUGUCACGGAGCCGCGGACCCAGACCUGCCACAUCCCUGCCGGGGGCUCCAGCUCUGGGAGGCCGCGAGUGCUGCCCCGCCGCCGGCUCCUCGCACGCCGCCGGGACUGUAAAUAAAGACGUUUUCCCCAGA